AUGGUCAUCCUCAAUCAUACCAGUAUUAGCCACACCAUCUUCAUCCUAGUAGGUAUCCCUGGCCUGGAGGACCAGCAUAUGUGGAUUUCCAUCCCCUUCCUGAUCUCCUACCUUACUGCCAUUAUUGGGAAUUCCCUCCUCAUCUAUAUCAUUGCCACUGAGAGAACCCUCCAUGAACCCAUGUAUCUCUUUCUGUCCAUGCUGGCAACUGCUGAUAUUGUCCUCUCUACUACCACUGUACCCAAGACAUUGUCCAUAUUCUGGUUUAAUGCCAGAGAGAUCUCCCUUGGUGGCUGCAUUACACAACUGUUCUUUAUUCACUCUACAUAUGUGAUAGAGUCAGGGUUUCUAUUAGUGAUGGCUUUUGAUCGAUACAUUGCAAUCUGCUAUCCUCUGAGAUAUAGCAUGAUUCUUACCAACUUAGUUACUGGAAACAUUGGUUUGGCUGUUGUUUUAAGAAGUUUUGGCACCAUUUUCCCUAUCAUAUUCCUUCUGACUCGACUGACUUUCUGCCAAAACAACAUUCUUCCCCAUACAUCCUGUGAGCACAUUGGUCUGGCCAAAUAUGCUUGUGCUGAUAUCCGUGUAAAUAUCUGGUAUGGAGUGUUUGUCCUUUUAACAACUAUAGUCUUAGAUAUUAUCCUCAUAGCAACUUCCUAUGGUCUGAUUCUCCAAGCUGUCUUUCGCAUCCCCUCCAGGGAAGCUCGUCACAAAGCUCUCAACACCUGUGGUUCCCAUGUCUGUGUCAUUGCCCUCUUCUAUGUUCCAGGAAUCUUCACAUUUCUUACCCAACGUUUUGGGCGCCAUAUUCCACCACAUGUUCAUAUCCUAUUAGCCAAUGUGUGUGCUCUGGCUCCACCCAUGCUGAAUCCCAUCAUCUAUGGUGCCAAGACAAAACAGAUCCGAGACCGGUUGGUCUAUGUGUUUUUUCCAAGGCAGAAAUGA